AUGAUCGAACUCGAUUCUGCCCCAGCCCUGGUGAUAAUCGACAUGCAGAACGGCUUCUGCCACACGGACGGCAGUUUCGCAAAGAUGGGCAUAACAACCGAUCCAGCAGCCAUUAUCCCGCACAUCAACCGGCUCCGCUCGGCCUUUCACGCCGCCAACAUGCCAGUUUUCUUUGUGAGGACAGCUUACAACGCCGACUACUCCAACCGCCGGCCCCAUGACCGCGGCGACUCGGUCGAGAGACUAGCAGGCUUGCUACGCGGGUCAUGGGAUGCGGAGAUGAUCGAUGAGCUUAGGCCAGGAGCCGGAGAGGAAGUUAUCGACAAGAACAGGAACUCUGCUUUCCUGGGAACGUGUGAUUUGCACAAGAUCUUGAAGGAGCGCGGUGUCAAUCAUCUGAUCAUGACGGGAGUGGGAACGGAUGUAUGUGUUGAGUCGACUGCGAGAGACGCAUAUCAAAUGGACUAUCAUGUUACUGUUGUGAGUGAUGCAACGUGGACGUGUACGGAGGCAGAUCAUCUGGCUGCGCUACAUGCAUUGAGGUUAUUUGGUGGGUCGGCGUCGACGAGUGAGGUGGUCGUGGCGUUGGAAAAGCUAGGCAAGUAG